GCUGCGCAGGGGCCGCGGGCGCCCCCUGGUGCCGCUCCGCGGGCCGGCUCCCUGCGGCCCGCGCCCGCUGGCGUUACCCAGCAGCGCCGCCUGGCGGCCGCGGGCCAUCGCCGCUGCGUUACCGUGGCACCGCCACCGCCGCGCCGGCCCUCCCGUCACCACCGCGGCUGGAAAGGGCCUCGGGCGCGGCCAAGCCCAGGGCAAGGGGGCCGGACUGCCUCUACCAUCUCUGUUACACCUGCGCCGCCCGAGGAGAGCUCCCGGAAGGACAGGAGGGUUAGCGCUGCGCCCCUGCGAGCGAGCUGACAUCUGACAUCCGACCAUGGCUAGGGACUUAAGGAGUCUGGUGGGCUCGAAGAGCGUCCGGGAGCUGCAGGAGAAGCUGGAGAAAUGGCAGCGCGACUACGAGACGAAUUCCAGUGGUGAAAAUAUGGACCGAUGCUUUGAAAUAUUAGACCUGAACAAUGAGAUUCAGAAGCAGCUCUACUCAAUUCUCAGUGAAACAUCUCAAAAAGGUAAUCGUCCAACUAAAAGCCUUCACCUGUCAAGCGUAGGUGAUGUUUCAGGACGUGUAAACCGCCCUCCGGAUUCAACUGGGCGUGAACUACAGCUGAGAGAUUUGACCUGCAAUCCAACACAUUGUCGACUGCAACAGCUGGAGGACAAACUAACUUCAACUCAGAUAGAGAUCAACGAGAUUGAGCGAGAUCUGAGGGCUUCCCGUCUUGGAGGGUGCAACAACUUGAAGAAAUUCCAUCACAUGUGUGACUGUGACCAUCGGCUUCGACAUUUGCGGGAUGAGAUGGCUCUUCUGGAUGCCCAAAAGGCUGCUCUCCAGAGAAGGCUUUCCGGGAGGUGCUCUCCUCCGUGCUGCGUUCCCAAGCCCUGCGUUCCCAAGCCCUGCAUUCCCAAGCCCUGCAUUUCCAAGCCCUGUGCUCCCAAGCCCUGCAUUUCCAAGCCCUGCAUUUCCAAGCCCUGCAUUUCCGAUCACUGUGUUUCCGAUCACUGCGCAUCCGAUCACUGCGCAUCCGAUCACUGUGAUUCCGAUCACUGCGAUUCCGAUCACUGCGAUUCCGAUCACUGCGCUUCUGAUCACUGCGCUUCUGAUCACUGCCAUCCUGAUCACUGCCAUCCCGAUCACUGCCGUCCCGAUCACUGCCAUCCCGAUCACUGCCAUCCUGAUCACUGCCAUCCCGAUCACUGCCAUCCCGAUCACUGCCAUCCCGAUCACUGCGUUCCCAAGCCCUGCAUUCCCAAGCCCUGCAUUUCCAAUCACUGCGUUCCCAAGCCCUGCGUUUCCGUGAAGACCUGGUCACCUUGCCAGACCAGGCGGGCGUGUGCUUCGCGUCGAGCCUGCCUCAUAGCUCGCUUUAACUUCAUUUACGCUAAAGAGCGCUUGGAUGCAGAAGCAAUUUUGAGACCAUACGUCUGUAACAUGGAGGUGGUGCAGAGGAUAAUAUACAUUGCAGCUGUGGAAUCUUUCCAUGCAGCAAAAAUGGCCUUCUGGAAGGUCAAAGUAAGUGUAAAAGAGACUUUGGCUGUACAUCCCUGCGACAUAGUUACAUCACUUGAAGUUGCUGCCCUGGAUUAUAUAGCUUGCCACAAGGAUCUGUAUGAUAUUCGUGCCUGUAUCGAUGAAGUCAUUUCCUCCAUGAACAUACACCCAAAGCUUCCAUGUCCAGCAGAAGUUGAUUACCUUGUGAUCAGCUCUUUGAUUCGAGAGAUAUGCAGUUUGGCUUUUUCAAUGCAGACACUCAUUCCUGCUCUUGAUAUUGCCGUUGGUGUUGAUGGAGAGCUUUUCAAUAAGUGCAUGUACUAUCGUAGUUUUGACUCAGAUUUCUCAGCUCCCCUUGUGGCCUAUCAUGUCUGGCCCGCUCUAUUGGAAAGGGAUGUUGUCAUCGUAAAGGGAGAGGUAGUCACUAGAAGAGUGGGUCCGUGUGCUCGCAGAUGUCGAAUUAGAAGCAGAAGCUGCAGCUGUGGCCGUCGUCUCCUGCCUGGUCAAGUGACUCGAAGCCGCAGUCUUUCAACACCAAGGGCCAAGAGGCGCUAACUGAACAUGUUCCUGUCUGUGCAGUCCAUCUGGAUUCAACAACUUUGCUGGUGCCUUUUCUCUUCAGAAAUACAUCCAAUCUCUCAAUAAUGCGAGUGGAAAUUGUCAUUUCAAAUGGAGUUUGUGUUCAGUGAGGUUUUUAGAAUUAUGGAAGGCUUAUUUAUAAUUUUAGAAACUAAACUCUCUUGAUCUAGAAAAAAAAGCGCAUGCAGUACAGGAACAUUUGGAAAAAAUUUGCAAAGCUCUCUGGAACCCAUGAUGUAAUCUUGCAGGUGGGGAUAGAAUUAUCGCAUCUAGGAUGUUUGCUUUUUUUCCACAGAUUCCAAAUGAUGCAGUUUAUCUUGAUAGGAUGUUUAAUAUAACAUAAAUGGUGAAUGUUGCAGAAUUUUGAGGUUACUUGGAAACAAUGUAAUUAAUUGGUGCUUAUUUACAGUUUUAGAAAGUAGCGGUAAUCGUGAGUUGUGCCAGUCUCACACAGCAACCUUUUGAAUAUAUCCUUGUGAUAAACUGAAUUUUCUAGCUACAGUGCAGAAGUUGCACAGAACAGUCAUAAACUGCCAAUACUCCAGCAAUCCCCAGAGCUUUACUGACAUUUAUGUAUGUAUUUAUGUAUGUAAAGGCACGUGUGUCGUUUAGCAAGGCAGUAAAUAGUCUUUGUUUAAAUACAUUUUUACUUAGAAAUUAUUGUUAUAAAAAUUUGAGUUUGACACUAGAAGUAUUUUGAAGGUGUGCCACUGAGUAUUUGUAGGCUUGAA